UGGUUUGGUCUGAUUUUGGCCUUUCCCCCCCCCCCUUCUUUUCUUCUUACAUUUUUGUCUUGUGUUGUUAUGGGAGAGGCGGGGCGUUUGGAAUUAACCUUUUUUCUUUUUUCUUUUUGCUUUGUGAUACUUGAUGGUGGGCCAAGUUACUUUCUUCUUGCUUUGGUUGGCUGUUAUCGACUGUGCACAACAUGCAUGCGAUACCAUGGCCUACCGGACACUUGUCAUAUUCUGGGAACUUUUUUCUCAUCUAACCUUGUAUUUUUUUAAAAGAAGCCCGAAACUGUACAAGAAACAAAUCACCCGUUCCGUUCCAUAGGAAAUUUUCACCUCUAUCACGACAAAUCUAAACAUUCAGCUCACUAACCGCCGCACUCAGCGCUCCGGUCCACGGCUCCAACGCUAUCUUAACCUGCAUCUCGACAAACUUCGCUGUCUGCUCGGGCGCUCUCCCGACAAAAGUCCGAGGAUCCAUCAAGCCGUCAAUCUCACCCCAAAUGGGCUCAAAGAACUUGUCCUUCUUGAUCCUCUCGAUGAGGUCGUUAUCUUUACCCUCCUGCUUGACGACGGCAGAAGCCUGAUGGGAAAGGACUCUGAUGGCUUCGUGCGCGUCCUGACGCGAAGCGCCGAGGGCGACCAUGCGCAUGAUGAAGUUCUCCGUUGCCAUGAACGGGAGCUCCUCCCUGAUGCGACGGGCGAUGACGGCGGGGUAGACCACCAGUCCGCUAACGACGUUAUCGAGGAUGCGUAGGAGGACAUCGGCUGUUAGGAAGGCGUGGGGGAUGUCGAUCCUACGAAUAGCGCUGUCGUCCAGGGUUCUCUCGAACCACUGUUGGGAGUAGGUGUCGAAGGCAUCCUUGCACAGGUUCGCUAAAUGUCGGCCGAGGGAACACAUCCUCUCGCUGCGCAUGGGAUUGCGCUUGUAUGCCAUUGCCGACGAGCCGAUUUGGUCCUUCUCGAAGGGCUCUUCCAUUUCCUUCACUGCCGCCAGGUGCCUGAUGUCCGUGCCAAUGCGUUGGCACGUAGCACCGAAGGAGCUCAUGGCGCAGAUGACAUCCGCAUCCACCUUGCGCGAGUAGGUCUGUGAGGUGAUGGGGUAUGCGUAUUCGAAGCCAGCGAAUUGGGUCACCAGGCUGUCUAAUUCUUCGACCUUGUCGUGGUCCCCGUUGAAGAUUGCCAGGAAGGAGGCUUGUGUUCCCGUUGUGCCUUUCACGCCGCGGAAGCCGAGGUCAGAGCGUGCGCGGGUUAGGUUGCGAAGGUCCAUGAGGAGGUCUUGGAUCCAGAGGCAGGCCCGCUUCCCGACGGUUGUGAGCUGCGCCGGUUGUAAGUGGGUGUACCCCAGCGUCGGCAGGUCCUUGUGCUCCAGAGCAAAUUUUGAGAGUUUGUGGAUUACGUUGGCGAGUUUGGGGAGGAGUAUGUCGAGACCUUGGCGGAGGAAGAGGAGGUCGGCGUUGUCGGUGCAGUAACAGCUGGUGGCUAAUCAUUUCCCAAUAUAUCAAUAUCAGCGUCAACUAGGGUUAGCAGUACUGGCAGACAUACCGCCCCAAUGGAUAAUCCCCGCAGCCGCCGGGGCCACCUGUCCAAAUGCAUAUACAUGGGCCAUUACGUCAUGCCGUCUCCGCUUCUCCUCCUCUUCCGCGACCUUGAAGUCCCCGUCGGUGAGGUCGAGGUUUGCUUCCAUCUGGGAAAUAGCCUCGUCAGAGAUGGACAGUCCCAAUUGCUUCUCCGCCUUUGCAAGCCACACCCAGAGCUGACGCCAGGUGCGGAAACGUCUCUUGUUGGAGAAGAGUUGGGCCAUCUCCUCCGAGGCAUAGCGGGAUGCCAGUGGCGUUUGGUAGAUGUCGUUGUUGGACAUUGUGCAGGGGUUGAUGGAUCGCUAAUAAUCGGGUUCAAGUUAGUGGGUUGGUGGAUGGUGGGGAUGGAGGUGCCGGAUGUUCGGGGCGGAAGGUUUUAAAUUAUUUUUAUUUCCAUUUUUUCGACCCAACGAGGAUCACGCCACCUGCUGCUCCCCUUAGACUCCCGUUAGAGGUGCGGGGGUUUUUUUUUUUCCCUCUCUUUCUCCCGCACAGAUCUAAUCUGCCAUUACCACAUCAACCUAAUCGCUCUUCUUCCCUUAACUUACCGGUAUCAUAGCCGAAGAAAAACAUUCGGAUCUAAUCUAAUCUAAUCUAAUCUAAUCCGCCGAUGGAUCAAUUGAGCCUAGUCAGUUCUUCCCCAAACCCCUUGCAGUAAUAACAGCUUAUCGAUAAGAAAUUGUCAUAUAAUAAUAAUAUUAUGAUAGCGUCAAAGUCACCCGUUAUGGCGUGCUCAACCUCCCAACACGCCCCCUGCAAACAACGAAAAGAAAAAGAAAAAAAGAGAAAUAUCGUAAGGAAAAAAAAAAAGAGAGAUCCUGAGAAUCACAAACCCAGUUGCCUAGAGACUCCAUGCGGGGGAAAAGACGGUUGCAGUGCAACGAUCUUCUGGAGGUGGAGUAAGGCCAUUAUUGGUGAUGGAUUGGAAGGUCUGAAUGGGCGCUGCUUGUGAGUGUAAAAAGGUCAUAAAGCACGGUGCGGGUAUCCCCACACUCACCCGUUCCCUCUUCCGCCUCUGACGGACGGGGAGAUGUAUGACAGGGUGGAUUAAAAGGUAAAGGAAUAGAUUGUUUAGUAAGUCCUGCGGCUAUUCUUCCGGUCUGGCCCCCCCGGCGAAAACACCAGUAAUUCAUUAGUAGCCCUGCCUCGUGUUUGAAAGGUUUUUUCCUUCUUCUCUUCAUUCACUCUUGUGUGUUCUUUCUACCUCUUAAUUAACCCCCCCCCACCCUUCCCAACCACCUUUCCUCUAGACCGGAGGUAGAGGUCUCUCAUUACCAAGCUAGCUUCCAAUCCUUAACCUUCUUAAACCUCUACUACUACCUCUCCCUCUUCUCCGUUUGAGGCCUCUCCAAUCUCCCCCUCGCCAUCUCAAAUCCUCCUGAAAUCUCCAAUUAACUUCACAUCUCCGGAUCGGCAAGCCAACGGCUCAUUACCAAAGUUUCAACUACAAGAGCAAGCAUUGGCGGAGAGGAUGGCACACCCAAACGGAGUAGAACCCCCCCUCGAGGUGGUCUCACCGGUCUUCCCCCAUUCAAUUCCCGUAAAUAUCUCAUCCGUGAGCGGAACACUGUACACGACUGCCCAGACCCUCGUUCAGCAAGUAGCAUAUACCCUCUCUGAUAAGCUGUUCACAUACUCCCCCGACACCUUCUUACUGGACGAAGCGGCGAAGCUCUGGAGUGGCAAUGAGCAGACCAACGUUCGUGGAGUGGUCCCCACUGUUAAUGCUAUGGAGACAAGACUUGGCGCUGCGAAUGUCCUCCUCGGAUACGUGUUCUCCCCCGAUGUGGAUCCGGAGAAGAAGGCUGUUGCAAAGUCAAUAAUUGCGUCUUCUCUGGCGCUCACCCACAUGCGCUCAGCUUUGGACCAAUUGAGCGCCCUGUACCGCGCUUCUUCGCCAUUCGUCGCUCACAUUUCCGCCGUCGAUUAUGAAAUGUCUUCGGCGAAAUUGGUCGCGGACUAUGCUUCUGCCAUUACCGUUGCGCAGGAGACUGGAGUGGGUCUUUUAGCUUCGUUCUCCGCACAUGAGGCGCAGCACAUGGCUCUUUUCGCUACCCUUGCUGCUACCGUUCUCCCCACGGUGCAUAUCUACGACGGAGUUAGUGUGUCCCGGGAAUCCGCGAAGAUCAGGGGUGUUCUUGACCAGGCCGGUUUGCAGAACGUCUUCUCUUCCAUCCUGGAGGAGCAGAAGGAGGCGCCGAAGAAAGCUGAUCAGGGAGCAAAGGUCAAUGCCAUCUUGAGAAGUCUCAAUGCAGAGCUCGGGACCGCUUAUUCCUUGUUCGAGUAUGAGGGUCACAAUGAACCUGAUGCUGUGUUGGUUACUUUUGGAUCUGUCGAGAGCCUGCUAGCGACUCAAGUCGCUGCUUCGCUCGUCAAGUCUGGGGAGAGGAUUGGUGUUAUUGCAGUUCGUGUUUACAGGCCAUUCUCGGAAUCACACUUCCUCGAGGCGCUCCCCAAGUCCGUCAAGAGAAUCGCUGUUCUCGGGCAGGUAGCAAACAAGACCGCGGCAGAGGAUAGCACUGUUCAGUCGGCUCUUUACGUUGAUGUCGUGGCUGCAAUCACAAUGUCUGAUAUCUGGACCCUCCCACCGCCGAUAGUCGAUGUCAAGUACGCCCGAGAGCAGGUCUGGUCGCCAAAGGAAUUGGCUUGGAUCUUCGACCAGAUUGCCCGCAGUCGCAAUGUUGUUGUCGAGAUUCCUGAGGAGGAACUCACCGCCGAGGCAUCCACUAUCGACUCGUUCAGUCUUUUGGGAGAUGGUAGCCAUGCUCAACAGUACGUUUUCUGGGACGGUGACGACGCUGCUUCUGCACCCGCGGCCUCAAUCGUUUCCAGGCUUCUCUCGCGGGAUCCUCGCAAGAGCGUUUCUUUCCAGGCUGCGUAUGAUAACGUCCCGCUGUCCGGUAUCCUUCACUCCGAGAUUAGGGCCAGUUCCAGCGCCAUUGAUGCACCUUUCCACAUCGAGUACGCGGACAUCUCCGUGGUCAGUGAUAUCCAGCUUCUUUCCAAGUUCGAUAUUGCCGGCCGGACCAGGGAUAGCGGGAUCAUUCUUCUCAAGUCGACUAUCAAGGACGACGAAUUUGAGAAGAAGCUCCCAUCGCCUUUCAGACGUGCAGUCACCAAGAAGGCCAUCAACCUAAUCAUCGUGGACCCUUCAGCCCUCGGAGAGGAAGCCCCUGCAGCAGUGGAGAACGCCCUCGUCCAAUUGGCCUUCACCAGACUCGCCAACAUCAGUUCACCCCUAGAGGAGCUCUCAUAUCUCAACCCUGAUUCGUCUGCCGUCCGCCAGGCCUCCGAAAAGCUUGAUAGCUCAUUACGCAAAGUCAAGAUUCCAAAGGAAUGGGCCGACGCCCAGGAAGAUAACGAGCCCAACAACCUCCCUAGAAUCCCACAAACAACUAGUUUCGCCAUUAACGACGAGAAGCACAUCACGGAGCCCGCCUCAGCACUCAAGGCCUCACAAUCGGCAGCGCAGGCAAUCGCCUUCAAAGAAGCCUACGAUGUUCAAUCCGCCCUGCGUCCAGACCUCUCGAUGAAGAACUAUAUCGUCAAAGUCCAGGAGAACAAACGCCUGACACCAGAGCACUACGACCGCAAUAUCUUCCACAUCGAGUUUGACUUAACCGGUACAGGAAUGGAAUACCAAAUCGGCGAAGCCCUAGGCAUCCACUCCCAAAACGACGCGGAGGAGGUCUCCGAGUUCAUAAAGUUCUACGGCCUGAAAGCGGACGACAUUGUCGAGGUCCCGUCCAAGGACGACCCGGACGUGCUCGAAAUGCGCACAGUGUUCCAAGCGCUGUCGCAGAACGUGGACAUAUUUGGCCGCCCACCAAAGAAGUUUUAUGAGUCGCUGGCCGAGUUUGCUAUGGAUGAGGGGGAGAAGAAGGCAUUGCUUACGCUAUCCUCGGCGGAGGGGGCCACGGAGUUCAAGAGGAGGGCAGAGGUAGAUACGGCCACUUUUGCGGAUAUUCUGCUCGAGUUCAAGUCGGCCCAUCCGAACUUUUAUGACCUUGUCAAGAUUGUCAGCCCGCUAAAGAGGAGGGAGUAUUCCAUCGCUUCCAGUCAGAAGGUCAACCCCAAUAGUGUGCACCUCCUGAUAGUUGUGGUGAAUUGGGUGGAUACAAAGGGAAGGGAUAGGUUCGGGCAGGCGACGAGGUACCUCAGUCGUCUACCAAUCGGAGCAAACGUCACCGUUAGUGUCAAGCCCAGUGUCAUGAAGCUGCCUCCUUUGGCCACACAGGUAAGGUUUGCCCUAUCGUGAGAAUAGAAUAAAAUACCAAAACAUGCAAAUACUCACGAACCGCCGUAGCCCCUCAUAAUGGCUGGCCUCGGAACCGGCCUCGCCCCAUUCCGAGCCUUCGUCCAAUACCGUGCGUGGCAAAAGUCGCAAGGCGUGGACGUUGGCUCAGUCCUGCUGUACAUGGGCUCCCGCCAUCAGCGGGAAGAAUACCUGUACGGGGAAGAGUGGGAAGCCUACCAAGCCGCUGGCAUCGUGACCCUGCUCGGACGCGCAUUCUCCCGCGACCAGCCCGAGAAGAUAUACAUCCAGGACCGGAUGCGCCAAACACUCGACGACAUCAUCGAGGCAUACAUCAAGGAGGACGGAGCCUUCUACCUAUGCGGCCCCACGUGGCCGGUUCCGGACGUGACGGAGGUGCUGCAGGAAGCCAUAGUCGUGGAGGGCAGGAGGCGGGGCGUCAGGAUGGACGGGGCGAAGAAGAUUGAGGAGUUGAAGGAGGGUCUGAGAUAUGUGCUUGAA